CAAUCAUUCAGGAUGCACAUUCACACCCAGAUCCCCACAAUAAUAUAAAGAAGAAACGUAUCCUCACCACAGUCGCUUAUGUCAACCUCAAAAUCUGCUCAUCCACCAUUCCUCACGCAUUCAUUUAAAAAAAACCAUAGGGAGGCGAAGAGUAAAGGAUCUAUCUGGCUCCGUUCUUCAUCUCCUUCACGAUCGGGGAAAAUUUGACAGCCUGCCCCCAAAGAGUAAAACUCAGAAAGUGGUGAACAGUUCGAGGCGAGCCAAUGUCCAGCAGCCACACAUAAAACGCGAAUCGGCUAGCGUCAUGCAACACGUGGAUCUCCAGUCCAUCAGGACGGACAUUAAAGACCGUUUCUUCGAUGGUGCAGCGGUAUCGAGCCAGUUUGAAAGGAUACACAUAACUCCGGCGAUAUGAGCCCGGUUGGGAAUUCUCUCGUCGUUCAAGUCAGGCUUCGAGGAAUGAGCAGCAAGCAGAAGUGUCCAUCCAGCACACCCUAGCAGAGAGAGAGAGAGAGCCAAGCUGCUCGGUUCCAGACAUGAAGCAGCACAGAAGGCGCAAGCAUUUCUUCAACCAUUGAUGGCAACGCCUCUGGAAUGGAUACCGCGCAACGACCCUCCGGCUUCCUCCGGCGUCCACGUUCAGGAAGCUAGUGGACCGGCGACAGAGGCCGAUCGCGUCGCAGCUGCGGAGCGAGUGCAGCUCGAUUUUAGAACCCCCUCGAGCUUGAGUACCAUAUGUGCUAGAGCGCUGUUGUCAAGGGAGGAUCGAGCCAAAACAGUUGCAACCAUGCCCUUCCACCACGCGGGAUGAUGGAUGAUCAAAUCGAUAGUGAUCAGAUCAGCGCCGCCGCACCUGCGACAACGGAUCAACAUGACAUUCUGCAAGCGCGCCGUCGUCAGAGACCCGUCCGUCCUUGCCUUCCUCCCGCUCAUCCAUGUCUGAAAUCGUCAUUCGCGAGGCCGCUCCGAACGUCUGGAUCUUCUCGAGGCCCUUUGCGCUUUUCGGGUGGAUUCAGAUCGGCGGGCGCUCGACCGCUAUCAAGUUGAACGACGGGGGCGUGUGGGUGAUGGUCUCCUCGCCGCUGAGUGCGGAGACGAAAGCGAAGCUCGACGAACUCGGUCCCGUGAAAUACAUCAUAGGUGUUAACGCCGUGCAUCAUCUCUAUCUGAGCGAAUACAAACAAGCGUACCCCGAGGCAAAGUUGAUCGCACCCAAGAGCGCUGCGAGGCGCUGCGAGGACAAGGCUCUCGUGUUCGACGGUGCCUGGGGCGAUGAUUCAGCAGACACAAAAUACGGGUUUGAAGACGAGAACGCCACAACAGCUAUUUCGCUGGAUUCAAGAACCGGGACGUUGCAUUCCUGCACAAGACGUCAGGCACCCUUAUCCAAGCCGACCUCUUGACGAAUCUUCCCGGACGGGAACAGUAUUCGAAAUGCACGACAUCAUCGGGCCUGUUUCCCUGGUAUGGUUCGUUCGGGAAGCCGUCUGGCUGGAUCCAGAACCAGCUUUCGGGGGCGAAAGUGGAUAAGCCCGAACAGAUGAAGGCCGAUGUCAAGACGGUCGCUGCCUGGUCCUUUAAGCGAAUCAUUCCAUGCCAUGGGGAUCUCAUCGAGGAAGAUGGGAACGCAGUCUGGCGAGAGACGUGGAAAGCCUUUCUCUGAGUCAUAGACAAAGAUUGAUUUCGCUGCCUGAAACAUUUUCUAUUGGCGUUGGUUAUCCUUUUGGAGAGCACCGAGGAGAAUGGCAACGGCAGCUUCAGCGGAUCCCCAAGAGGACUGAUAGCCACAUCCACCAUGUCUGUUAGUCGAUUCAGGCAAUGAAGCGACCCAAAGUAUGGGAACCCACCCGUAAUUAUGUACCACAGGAGUCAAGUCGCCGGCUGUAACUACAGAAAAGGAACAGCAUCAGCAUAUGGAGAUGCGGACGGAUGGCGCGCCGUUCACCUAGCGAUGUCAUUUCCACUCUAACGCCGCCUACGCGAGACGUGCGCAGGCCGACGCAUUCUUCGAUCACAUCCAGGUCAUCAAUCGAUCCAUUCGCUCUCUUCUCCUCUGGAAGCAGCUCUGGAUGUGCGUAAAUCCCGCGUUCCUUGAUCAGCUUCACGGUUUCCGGGCGAGAUGUGGGAUGCCUGGGCGAGCGUUCUGUCGGCCUUGCCACUCGAUUUGAUGAACACCACCACGCACCAAUCGUUUGGCUGGAAUGUUCCUCCCAAGAUGACAUCUCCGCUCUUCCUCGGGAUAACGUACGUGAUGUGCCCGUCCUCGUAGGUGAGUGAGAAACCGGCUUUGAUCCACGGCGCGCGCAGGAGGAUCGUCUCGCCGCGUGUCGGAUACAUCGCGCUGUCCAUCACAUCUCCGAGCGUCAGCGCACCGAGCCCCGUGCAAUUGAACACUGCUACAGCAUCGAAGGGCGCCGUUGGCGGGGAGACCUCAGACCCGAUGGGUUCGAACGGGGGUCUGGCCGACGGUGUGAAGAGACUCGUUAGGGAUGGGAGCGUUGCACGGUAGGCAUGGCCGCCGCUGGAUACGAAUCGGCUCAGUAGGUAUCUUAGAUAUCGCGGGACAUCCACGUAGAUCUGCUGUAGUCAGUACCGUAGGACAGGAUGAAUCGAAAGCAAACGGGGAACACUCGCCGUCGUGAAUUCUCCGCCGUGUUUCAUCCCAGGUGGCAGCUCAUUCUCACCCAGCAGACGAUAGUCAGAAUAGAAUCUCGUAAAGUGGUCUGAAGUGGCCUUGGCGUCCGCGCUGAACUGAUAAAACAAAGGAUCAGGGCCCGCCCUGGAUUCUUUGUACGUACAAUAUUACCACUUGUACGUGCACCCGAUUCGGCCCAACCAUAACCGGAACAUCCGGUUCACGUUCCACCAGCUGCACGAAUGUGUCAAAAGUGACCCGCUCGAAACCUGAACGCUGGGUCGUGAGUAAAAAACGACUAUUUGGGGUCCAGUUCCCCAUUGUUAUCACCAUGCAGCCGCUCCCCCAUAUCUACUAGACUGAUAUGAUUUGCGCCGGCCCAGCAGGACGUGUAUUUGAUGCUCUUGGGGUCGACUGGGAAUGUCUCGGCGACAAGAGACACCGCGAAACCAGCUUCGAUCGCACGGAUCGCGGUCGAGAGCCCAAUGACACCUGGAGAGUGGCUGCUUCAGCGACGAUCUGCAUGCGCAGGAGCAGGUGCAGGUGUGAAUGACCUGCCCCGACGACGAAAACAUGCUGAGGGGCGGUAGCAGUAGACAUGAUCCUGAUACGAGAGCGGGAGACAAGAGAUAGCGAAUUCCGGUCCGCAUCGCCGGGUUCGGAUCACCGAUCACGAACCGCGCGUAGCUCCUUGAGCCACGGGGACGGAGGAGUUACUUUGACAGAGCGGACCCGUUGUUUGGAACGCCCAACUUCCAACAUCGAACGGCUGCUGCAAAAACCGGACCCGAAGCGCAGGCGAUCCUCCCAAGGACGCGCCAUCCUGCGCGAGUGCCGCGCAAGAACUGUUAUCCCUGCUUCUGCUACCCUGAACAACGGGGCCGUAUCAAUCCAACCCAUCCACCACGCUGUUUGCCGGAUUGUCAAGCCACGUCGUUCUCAUACUCGACGCCCUUCCAGACGUUCCUCUCGCGCAUAUUGCGGUGGGAGAACCGCUGCGGCCCCCCUCGGCGAACAAAUCGUAGCCAUCUGGAUGACUCUUGAGCCGCCGUGCCUAGACAAGGGCACAGCAAACGACGUCGGGGCUGACACGCCGGCGCUUCAAAUGGUUGGGCAUUAGUCAUGGCCCGGCCAUGAACCCCGUCCCGUUACACAGGUGGCGGCUCGGGCCACUCUACUGAAUUCCGCUAUAGCAAGGAUGUCACCCAGCACUCCGGUUUCGGCGAUGUGAUAGUCGCAGAUGAUUGGCCUGCCAAUUGCAGUACAUCCCAAACACUGGUUUGAUCAUUCACUGUGAGAUGCCAGCCAAGUAUAUUCACUUCGCACUCUCGCAGAGCACUCCCAUAGGUGGACAGAUGCACAGACUGUGAGAGAAUCCGCACAAGAUCGGUACUGACAUAUUUUACAGGACGCAGAUCUAUCCCCAUUACAGACCGGGACUUGGGCGUUAAAAGGACGGUAAAAGUGGGAGAGAGCUCUAUCUCAUCUCAGGUUCCUCACCUAGAAAAAUAUGGGAUUCAAGGCAUUCAUCGUCCUCGUCAACGUCGCCUUGGUGGCGGCGAAAGCCUCCAUCCUCAUCAACCCGGCAGCGUUCCCCAAGCUGCCCACUGCAAAGCAGGCGUCGGUGGCAUCCAGCGCCGUGGGACUGAACCUGGACAACGUUCAAGGCGAUAUUCUAGUUGGAAUGCGCAAGUCCAGCGAGACGUUCUACUUCUUCUCCGUCAACGACGGGAGCGCGUUCAAAAAGAGUUUCCGCAGCGGCGUCUUCCCGCUGAUCACGUCGACGACACAACUGCUCAGCGUAUCGACACAGCCGACGACUGCGCUCAACGUCGCGUUCUCGCACACGGGGCUCGUCGCGCUCAACAUCACCGACAGUCUCGGAGACACGCCCUUCCAGACGGGACAGCAUGCGGAUAUUCCGAACAUUGGAGACGCCAGCGACGCCAACUGGGUCCCCGCGUUUGCGGGGACCAACAUCCACGGUGUGUUCCUCUUUGCGUCCGACACACAGACAAACAUCGACGCGGAGAUCGCCAACGUCGAGGGCAUCCUCGGAUCCUCCAUCACCAAGCUCUACUCUCUCCAGGGUGCAGCGCGACCGGGUGCAGAGGCGGGUCACGAACAUUUCGGCUACAUGGACGGAAUCUCGAACCCUGCGGUGAACGGCUUCGUUACAUCGCCUUUCCCUGGACAGGCUGUUGUCGACGCGGGCACGAUUCUUCUAGGAGAGACCAACGACCUGGUCACACGUCCCUCCUGGGCGCUUGACGGCUCGUUUUUGGUUUUCCGGCAGCUCCAGCAGCUGGUCCCCGAGUUCAAUCAGUUCUUGACCAACAACCCCAUUUCUGGUCCGGGACUCACGGCGCAGCAAGGCUCGGAUCUGUUGGGUGCCCGGAUGGUUGGACGUUGGAAGAGUGGCGCCCCGAUCCAACUGAGCCCUCUGAGCGAUGACCCGGCGCUUGGUGCUGAUCCCACCCGCAACAACGACUUCGACUACAGCGAGCUGCUCGGCGUCCAGAACACCACAGGCUGCCCGCACUCUGCCCACCUCCGCAAGACACGGCCCCGGUCGGAUCUCGGAAAUCCCGAGGAUGCGGUGCAUCACAUCAUGCGUUCUGGCAUUCCAUAUGGUCCCGAAAUGAACACCACCGAGAUCAGCCAGAACAAGACGAUGACCGAGCGCGGGCUGGCCUUCGUGGCCUACCAAUCGAGCAUCUCGAAAGGCUUCCAGUUCCUCCAGCGGUUCUGGAUCAACAACGCAAACUUCGUCGUGAGCGGAAACGGUGUUGAUCCUCUAAUUGGCACUGUUGGCGGCGGACCGCGCACUGUUCUGGGACUCGAUCCGUUCACACCGACCGCAGACGAAACAGUUCCUAUGGACUUUGUCGUCUCUCGGGGCGGAGAGUACUUCUUCAGCCCCUCACUGGCUGCUUUGAACAGCACCGUCUUUCAGUAGUUGAUAAUAGUCUGUUUUGUUUUUAGAUUCCACGGGAAAAUUAUAUGUGUAUACGCCACUGGAA